AUGGAGAUCACAACCACAGCAGCCUGUAUGAUGGAUCUGAGGCGGUAUCCUCUGGAUGAACAGAACUGCACACUGGAGAUCGAGAGCUAUGGCUACACCACUGAUGACAUUGAGUUCUACUGGCGAGGGGGAGAUGGAGCCGUGUCUGGGGUGGAGAGAAUAGAACUGCCUCAGUUCUCCAUCGUGGACUACAAACUGGUCUCCAAGAACGUGGUCUUCUCUACAGGUUCCUACCCCCGCCUGUCACUGAGCUUCAAGCUAAAGAGGAACAUCGGCUACUUUAUCCUCCAGACCUACAUGCCCUCGAUCCUGAUCACCAUUCUGUCUUGGGUCUCCUUCUGGAUCAACUAUGAUGCCUCCGCUGCCAGAGUGGCCCUGGGUAUCACUACGGUGUUGACCAUGACCACCAUCAACACCCAUCUGAGAGAGACUCUUCCUAAGAUCCCCUACGUCAAGGCCAUAGACAUGUACCUGAUGGGCUGCUUCGUGUUCGUCUUCCUGGCCCUGCUGGAGUACGCCUUCGUCAAUUACAUCUUCUUUGGACGUGGGCCCCAGAGGCAGAAGAGGGCCGCCGAGAAACUAGCCGUCGCCAACAACGAGAAACUCCGACCCGACCCCAAUAAGUGGAUGGUGGGAAAUGUAGUUCAGAGAGAUGAUGCUCUGUAUGCCAGAAUGAAACAGAGGGAAAUUGACGCGUAUGACACGAUGUGGGAUCCCAUCUUUGUGGACGAUGCCGCAUUAGGACUAGGCGAGCAAAGAAAUAAGAUGACCGCCUCCCUGACUGAUGACAACAUCCUGUUUGGUUCCCUGGAGAUGAAGAACGAGAUGGGGGGUGUUCCUCCUGAGCUGUCCAGGUCCCUGGGCCCUGGGGGUCUGGGUGACCCCCGCAACACCAUGCUGGCCUACGACAGCUCCACGCUGCAGUACCGCAGGGCCGCCAUGGCCCGCCAGAACUACGGCGGCGGACCCCACAGCGCCCUGGAGCGCCACGCCACCCAGAAGAAGUCCCGCCUACGGAGACGGGCCUCACAGCUCAAGGUCAACAUCCCUGACCUGGCUGAUGUGAACUCUAUCGACAAGUGGUCCAGGAUGAUCUUCCCUACCGUGUUCUCCUUCUUUAACGUGAUCUACUGGCUCUACUACGCACACUAA